CUCCAUCCCCGGCUCUCACCGCGGUCACGGGUCAGGCAGGGCCAAGCACAGCCCCAGCUGCUGUCUCCCGCUGCCGGCGUUCCUUACAUAAUGGGAUCUCAGUGCUCGUGUCCAGCUCCCCGACCAGAGCUCGAAAACAAGCUCAUAAACAGGUCCUGCUAAUUUCUCCCUCAAGAGAAACCCUGGCGCCCACAGGAAUGCUGCCACCAGCAGCCGUCAUCACUCUCCCCAAGGACACUUACUCCGAGUAUCGGUCAUGUGCCGGGGAGAGAAUUAGCCCAGAUCAGCCACAUUCAUGGCACUCAGGACAGCAGCCGGGAGCAUUUCGGUUUAUUUUGUAUUUGCACUGCAGAAGGGUUUGGACACUGGUCCUUGCCUCCACACUGAAGUCCCCUAGGGAAGAUGUCCCGUGGAGAGCUGGUCUGUCACCCUGAAUCGCAGAGCCAGCACAGCCUCUGCCCUGAGCCCUGCCUCCCUGCAGCCAAGCCCGAUGGGCUCUCCUCGGUGCGCUCAACUGCGGCAGUUUGCCAUGGAUUCAGCACAGCUGGGCUGGGGAGAACAGCUCUGCCAGGGACAGCCAGCUGCUAAAGGGAGACAGCUCCAUGCUCUGUUAUCCUGGGCCCUGCACGAGCCUCGGCACCAGAGCUUUGGUCAGACACACCAAGGCAAAGACCCCUGCAGGUAGCCUGGAUUGCUGCCCCAGGCAUUGAGGAAGACGCUGAGCAGCCCGAAGAGGACCAGAGCCUCUUCCAUCGAGUUUGUGGAUGCCCUAGAAAUGGGAUGCAGAGAAGCCCUGGAAGAGCUCUCAGGAAGAUGUGACACUGAUCUCCACGACAUCUCACCAGCUGACAUGGAGCAGGCCCAGCGGAACCUGGAUGCAGAGCAAAUGCAGCAGCAGCAGCUGAAACUGCGGGACCGGCAGAAGUUCUUUGAGGAGGUUUUCCAGCAUGAUGUGGAUUUCUUCUUCCCAAUGUCUCACCUGCAGAUAGAGCACCGGAGACCUCCCUUAGGCAGCAUUUCCUCCAUGGAGGUGAACGUGGACAUGUUGGAGCAGAUGGAUGUGCUGGACCUGUCAGACCAGGACACUGUGGAUGUGUUUCUGGGCUGUGGGACAGAGGAGAGCGGCAUUGCUGGGUCUCUGCCAGGGGCAGAUGCCAGCCAGUGUCCAGAGGAGAUCACCCUGCAAGUGCCUAACGCAGCUGAGAGCAAGUCUCGCAUUUCCUCCACAUCCUCUGCCUCCACGGAUUUGAACAGCCUGGACACCAGUGAGGAGGGGGCCGAGACCCCCGUGGUGCAGUCGGAUGAGGAGGACCUGCAGGAGGACAGUCCCAAAGAGCAGGGGGUGAGAAGCUAGCAGCCAGCUUUGCCCUGCUCCCAGCCUCCUCCGUACGGACUUGCCAGCCCAGAAGGAAAGCUGCUGGUGCUCAGUAAAAGCCCUCCUGGACUGCUGCCCUGCCAGAGGGGAGAGAUGGUUUUCCCCUCCUCUCCCUCCACAUGUUCUCCUGGCAGCCAAAGGAGAAGGAAAGGGGUACCGUAAACUCCCUAAAUUAACUCUUCAGGCUUUGCUGCUAACACUCCCUGCUUCAUCACCCCCCUUCCCACACAUGUUCAGCAUCCCACAGCCCCACCAUUCCCUGAAAGCCAUCCCUUAGGAUCCCAGCUCCCCCUGCCCUACUGACAAAGGUUCUGUUCAGACAAGCACUUAACGAUGGCACAGAGAGAAAUAACACUGAUCUAACCAAG